UAUAAUCUCCAAUGCCUACAUAAAAAUAUUAUAAAGAAGAACACAAGGGCACAAGGAAGGUUUUGGGUUUGUGAUUUUAUGGAAGAAGAAUAUAUGGCAGGGCGACACUGGCAGGGCGGGGCCGCCUGAUCUCUCCGCCCCGAAAUCCCUCUCGCCGGUGGAUGGAUCGGAUCCCAUGGAGUGUAGGCGCAGCUUCCAGCUCGAUCAAUUCAUGUGGCGCCUGGCUUGGAUGAGAAAUCGGACCUAGGCCGGAGGUAUGUCGAAUGUAGGUGCCGCCACUGCCGCCGCCACCGCUGGGACUUCUUCCUCGUCCUCGGCUGCUGCCGCCGCUGCCGUCGCCGCUGCCGCUGCCGCUGGAAUCGAUUCGCGCUUUGAUAAUCUCCAGCUCAUUGGCAAGGGCUCGUUUGGCGACGUCUUCAAGGGCUUUGACAAGGAGCUCAACAAGGAGGUUGCUAUCAAAGUCAUUGAUCUCGAAGAAGCUGAGGAUGAAAUCGACGAAAUCCAAAAGGAAAUUUCAGUGCUGUCUCAAUGCCGGUCACCAUACAUUACGGAGUAUUAUGGAUCUUUCCUGCAUGGAACAAAAUUAUGGAUCGUUAUGGAGUACAUGGCUGGUGGAUCUGUAUCGGACUUGCUUGAAACGGGAAACCCACUGGAUGAGCUCUCUAUAGCCUGCAUCAUUCGGGAUCUCCUCCACGCGUUAGAUUACCUGCACAGCGAAGGCAAAAUCCACCGAGACAUAAAGGCUGCAAACAUACUCCUUACGGCAAAUGGUGAUGUGAAGGUUGCAGAUUUUGGGGUUUCUGCUCAGCUCACACGUACUGUGUCCAAGCGGAAAACAUUUGUCGGGACACCAUUCUGGAUGGCACCCGAGGUGAUCCAAAAUUCAGAUGGAUAUAAUGAAAAGGCAGAUAUAUGGUCCCUUGGAAUAACUACCAUCGAAAUGGCAAAGGGUGAACCGCCUUUUGCCGAUUUACAUCCCAUGAGAGUUCUUUUUUUGAUUCCUAAAAAUAAUCCGCCACAGCUCGAAGAUCAUUUUUCCCGCCCAAUGAAGGAGUUCGUUUCUUUGUGUCUCAAAAAAAAUCCAGCAGAGAGGGCUAGUGCUAAAGAGCUAUUAAAACACCGUUUUGUAAGAAAUGCGCGUAAAAGUCCUAGACUGCUCGAACGAAUCAGAGAGAGACCUAAAGUUCACAUAAGAAAACCUCGAUCGGAACACAUGUACGAGCAGGACACUGUCGAGAAGCCGAAAGGACUAAAAGCCGCGAAGGAUGGAGAGUCUCACCUACUCAGUCUGACAAAGGCAAUGAGAAAUGCUAGCUGGGAUUUCGGGACUGGAACGAUUCAAGGAAUUUCACAAGGCACCGGGACCGUUCGUAGUGGAUUAAGAACCCCAUUUGGUUUUGACGACCGAGUGGAAAGUUUUGAAGGAGAUAUGAGCCCACGAAUUUCAAGCAGAUCUCAUGACUGGCACAGAACAUCUGCCUCAAGCUCUACCGAGCAGCAAGCAGCGGCUCAAGAACCAGAGACUUCCUUGGACAGUCAAGGAGAACUGUCUAACAAUUCCGGAACCAUGGUCAUCCACCGGUCUCCCAGAGAUCGUCCAUCAUUAGCAGCGUUAUCAUCACAAGGUUCUCCGUUGGCAUAUGAUCCUGAUGAAGCAAGUGAGUCGAGCUCACCGAUAUUUGACAGCGGCACUUUUGUGGCCAGAGAAAAAUCGAGCGAGUCCACGUCAAAUAGCGAGACACCACGAUAUCAGCCUCAAUUGGAACGGAGCGAGUCAUCCCUUCAGGAGGACAGCGCGAAGAACCUUGCAGAGGCAAAGGCAGCUUUGCAAUCAGGCUCAAGGAAAGGGAUGGGACGCGAGAAGCAGUCAUCGUCGAAACGGAGAGAAGACCCGGUUGUGACAACGGAUCCAUCGACAAGUGCCGACCCUGGACGGAAAUCUUCAUACUUGGACGUUCCGAAAGUUCGUUUAUCUUCAGGCGAAGAAGAGCACGCUCGCACUCUCAUCACAGAAGGAUCUCCAGCGCUUUCGUUGCUGCUCAUACCGGCUCUGAAAGAGACGGCCGCGGAGCAAUCAGAGGGGUCUGCGCUGCGUGCCGCCGCCGAUGCGGCGGACGCGCUCAUCGAUCUGGAACGAAUGGCACCCGGAGCAUGUGAAGUUUUAGUGACAAGAUUACUCAAGAGACUGGGAAGCGCUGAGGAUCCUUCGGUAAAAACGUUGCAGGAUUUAGCUCGCAAAGCUUUGGUAGUAGAUCAUCCCCCAGGUGCCGGAGACGGGCAUUUGCAAUCCACCACCCAACAGUUUGAUUUUGCGAAAUCUGGACAACAGAGAGGGCAGCCAAACUUGGAGUCGUCCGAGAGCUCGGGUUUGAGCCCUCUUGCCAGUUUCUUGCUGUCGAGGUGGCAAUCUCAACUUCCGCGUGACAUGAACUGUUACAACUAACAUGUAUAUUAUGAUUCUUCCCGGGUUUUUUUUUUUUCUUCUUUUUUUUUGCUUUCUUAUUUGAAGCGGUGUUGUAAACAAGGUUUUGAAGUAAACAGGAAUGUAGGAAUUAUAGCUA